UUGAAAGUCAGCCAUAUUGAGUAAGAAAAUAUUUCAAACUAUCCACUUUUAGUUGAAAAUGUUACUUAAAGCGUCAAAAUAUGGAUAUUCUGUUAACGCCAAAUAAUUCCCAAGACUAAUAUCGAAUGUGAAAUGUUAACCACAUUUUGAACAAGGUUUUCUCUAUGGAUUUAUUGACUGUUGAAACCCACAGGUGUCUGCAUCAAAGUUGUGGAAAAACAACCACAGAAAUAUUUACAGUUACUAUGCGAUGAAUGAGCAGAAGCGUGUGCAGAUUCAUUCACUAUGAUGAAUGGACCUCCAAGUGAUAAUGGGGGUGUCCAAACUAAUGUUGCACCAACACUUGUGUGGCACAUGGCCCAACAACAGGGCAUUGAUGGAAUUAAUGCUAAUGCAAAAGUUGGAACUACAAAUAUGGCAAGCUAUCCCACCCCUGUAUACCAACAACAGCAGCAAUCUACAUUUGAAUAUGCUACAAUAGGUCCCCCAGGCUUACAGUCAGUCAUGGGAUAUGUUGAUACUAGUACUGGGAAGAUGGUUGCAAUGCAACAACAAAAUAUACAACAGCAAUAUACACAACCAGUUAAUGCACAGCUAGUGCAAGGAUUUAAUACAAACCCAACACAAGUCAUAGUUGGGCAAACUAAUAUUGCAUUACCUUCAAUAGUUGGUCAAGAUCAGACACAAAUUGUGUCUGCUGUGCCUCAAAAAGCCUCACCGGUGGGGUCAGUGACAUUAAUCUCAGGUCAAGGUCAGACUGUUCAUGUACAGCCACAGCCAGCAGUAAACAUAGGCAGUGUUGGUUUGGUUAGUCCAAGCGGAACUGUCCCAGCCAAUUCUAUGUCAGUUGUGGUCAACCAGGUAGCUGUGGCAACCCCUAUACAGCCCACAACAUAUACCUUACAACAGCAUAAUAUCCCAAGUGCAAACCAUAAUCCUCUGCCAAAUCAACAUAUCUUAGCUACCACAAAUGGCCCUGAUCUCACUGUGUCAACAUCCCAAACUUUGCCAUCAAUAAGUAGUAUAGUCAGAGGUCACCAUGUUAUGCAACAGCCCCAGCAGCAACUGCCUAACUUUCCAGCUCAGUUCAGUGGUCAAGAGACAGGACCCAGUAUUGUCAAUGUAGCCCAGUCAGAUCAAUGGGGUUUUACCAAUGCCUCAGUAGCCUCAGCAGUUGGUAGUCUCAGCCAGCUAACAGACGUUCCCAAUGCUUCAAGGCACAUGACAAACUCAAUUUGUAAUUCCGUAUCUACAAAUCAGUCUGUAAUGACAAUGACUCAAGUGACACACUCACCAUUGACUAGCUGUGUGACUGUUGCAAGUCCAAACUCUACCCCUAUAAUGCAGUAUACACAGCGUAGCCCUCACAAUCGAGCUGGUCAUGAUAAUCGCUUCACAAAUCACGAUCAUAUGUCAAAAAGUAUGAACUUACCUAAUGAUAAUAGAUCUGAACUGGAUAUUAGGCUUCAAGAUAUUGAAUCUGAAGGUCAUGUGAGAAAGAAACGAAAGGGUCGCCACAGUCCGCCAAUGCAAAUCAACGUGCCAUUCGGUUGGAAACGGGUUGUUGAAGGGAUUACCAUUGUAUAUUACAGUGCCAGCAAUGUACGACUCGUCAACCUGGAGCAUAUAAAGCAGUAUCUACAGACUGAGGGCACUUGUAAAUGUGGACUAGAGUGCCCUCUUUUAGUUGAAAAAGUAUUUAAUUUUGACCCUGGUGUAAUAUCUCGCCAGUGGACACCUGAAGAUGUUAAUAACAUGGAUGAUGUCAUUGAUGGAUUAACUAAGUUGUGCAAUCACCGGAGGAAGAUCAUUGCCAUGGCAACGUUCCAGAACAAUGCAGUACCUCAAACUCUCAAUGACUCACCCCCAAAAGCCAAGAGGAAAAAAGGGAAGAAAAAAGCCAGGAAAUCAACUCCAGAUAAUAUGUUGGUUUCUCAGAUUCUGGCACAGAGGAGCCAUUUUGAAGACAAAAUAGGACCAACAUCUCCAAAACAUAGAAAAUUAUCGCAAGAGGAUUUACCAAGUUCUGAGACUAUAGAAAAUCAACAAUCCAGUCCAGGUUGUGCCAGUGCUGAACAGAAUCAUGACACCCCUGCACCUGCAAUCAUUGACCCAGCAGCUUAUGUACGGGAGCACAUUGAGAAGAGCAAGCAGUAUGUGGAGAGUCAGAAACGAUUAAAGGAGCAGCAGCAGCAACAAAGGAAUAAAGACUCGGUCACCAUGGUAACUUCUACAGGGGAACUCGGCCCAAUAACUUGUCAGAUACCUCCGAAGCUUCAGUUUGAGCAGCAAUCACCAAGGCAACCAAUAAAUAGCUCAUCAAAGAUCCAGUCCCCCACCUUGCAAACUAUUCAAUCUCCACCGCAACAUAUAAUGUCUCCAAGACCAUCAACCCCUCAUACACUACCUAGCUCUCAACCAGUGUCUCCAGCCAUGCCUCAUCAGAUGUACCAGCAACAGAGGCCCAUGCCUGCCCCUGGCCCUCAUCCACCUUUCAUGGGUCAGUACAACAAUCCCAAUAUGAACAUGCAGCCACAUGCUGCUAAUCCAAAUUUCAAUCCAUAUUUUCAACAUCAACCUGAUGCUAACAUUCCAAUGCCAAUGCAAGGACAUGGCUAUGGACCUGGUCAGUUUAACCCAGGGUAUCGUAUGCCACAACAUAGUGGCCAGCAACCACACAGGAUGCCACGCCAUAUGCAUGACAUGAUGAUGCAACAGAUGCACACAGGUCAACCUGGCCCUCCACACAUGAUGCCAAAACACACUCCCCCACCUAUAGACCCUGCCAUGCCUCCAUAUAUGUUUGACCCUUCAUACAAUGUGCCAAAACAAAAACCGAAAAGAAGUAGAAAAAAGAAAUCAAAUAGCGUGUUGGAUAGGAAUUCACCGUGUCCAAAUGUUGAUGUACGGCAGAUGCCAGAUGAGUCAAAAACAGUUCCUUUGGUACCACUCUCAGUUGUGACAUCCACGAUGGCACAGAGUCACGCACCUACACCUUCCUCAGCAUCAUUCCUUGAGAACCCAACAGGAUUUAUGGCCCAGCAGACUGCAUUGGUGAACAGCUCUAUGACUAUCAUGCCUCAGCCAAGCCCACAUGGUGCACUGCCUGAUCAAGAUAGUAAACUUGAGAUAGAUACCAUCAACUCAAAUGAGGAUGUCGAUGCCCAAUCAAAAAAUGAUGAAGCGAAAACAGUCAGUUCAGAUUCACCUGAGAAAGUAAUUGCUGACACCCAGUCAGACAAAAUUGGUGUCUCACAACUAGACAAUGAUGAUAAAAGUCUCAAGGUGUCUCAUACAAAUACAACAAAUGUACCAACAUUAACAGUGUCCACAACCAUGUGUACUGUAUCAAUGUCUGUGCCAUUAACCACGUCUGCUGCCACAUCAGCUCUGUCUAUAACCACACAUCUACUUAGCCCAGGAUCUGAAUCAACUCUCUCAGCUACAAGCCCAGGCAUGUUGAGUCCAGCUUCUAAGAUACUUAGUCCAGCAUCCACUGCAGCCACAGUUGUAACUAUGACAACAAUGACUGUGACAGCAUCAACAUCAUCCACCCACUCGCCAUUAUCUAGUCAACACACCACUGUCACAACUGAUGUCCACACAACAGGAACCUCUAUUGCUAUGGUUACUGGUUCAGAGGCAACUCCAAUGGUUUCACACCCUAAUAUGUCUCAAGAUAUGGUACAUGCUAUGGGAAAUGCCCAUCCUGGUAAUACUAUGAUGCCCAGACAUCCAGGCAUGCAUGGGCCAUAUAUGGGUAUGCCAAAUAACCCUUCUGGUGGUCCUAUGGCUCCCAAUCACCCUCAAGGAUUUAUGGGUCCUGCCCACCCACAUGGACACAUGGGAACUCCCCCAGGGUUUCCUAUGAUGCCACAACCCCCAAGCCCUCCAAAGAAGGCUGGGGCCAAGCGUAAAAGGUCUAGAUCUCAACAGCAGCCAUCACAACAACAGUUCCAGCAACAACAAAUGAUGAUGCAACAGCAACAAAUGAUGUAUGGAGAUAACCUGAUGCAUCCAAGGAUGCAAAUGAUGCAGCAAGGAUUCCCACCACCAAAUGGUCCACCCCAACAGCAAAUGGUCCCAGGGCCUGACGGACAGAUGAGACCAAGGGGAUUCCAAGCCAGUCAUAUGUUGAGUGCAGCUGCCAAGGCGCAAGGUGGGCCUCCACCAAUGAUUGGGCCUCAGAAUAGACAUCCCAGACAGAGAAUGAUGGGACCAAAUCAUGCAAUGGUUGAUCCGAUGGCAGGUCACCCUGUCAACUACCAACAGAUGAGAAUGAUGCAGGGUCAGGGUAUGAGGAUGCCCCCACAUAUGAGUCCACCAGGCCAAAUGCAAAUGCAUCCAAACAUGUCACCACACAUGCAGAAUUUCCAUGGACCUCCCCAAGGGUUUCCCAAUGAGCAAAUGAUGCAUGCUUCAAGACAUGGGGCUCCAUACCCCCAACAGAUGAUGCAACAAGGGAUGAGACCCAUGCAAGGUCAGAAAUCUCAUCUACCAGAUGCUCAACAAGGUAUGCAUGUGGGUCAAAAUCAAGGCCAUAAUCCUAUUCAAAUGGUGCAAAAUAUGAUCACUGGACUCGAUGGCCAGACUAUGAUGGAUCACAACAGUAUCAUUGGAUCACCUUCAUCUGUACGCCGUGGUCGUUCACUUUCUGUAAGUUCAACAUGUAGUAACAGAUCAGAUAGGUCAGGGAGCAGUAGGCUUCAUUGCACCACCCCAUCUGGAUCCAUAGACAGGGUUAACACACCAUCAACACCAGGGGGAGGAAGACAUACGCCUGUAUAUGCUGAAGACAAAUUCCUUGGAGAUAUGGAUUCAAAAUUAACACAUGUAGUAACGCAAGAAUCAAAACAAUAUGAUGAGAGUAAUCAGCAACCUUUAAAAGGAUCAGAACACUCAGAAAAACAAGCUGAUAAUUCUGAAUCUGUGAAUUCUGAGAAGACAGUUGAGUCCACUCUUGCUGAAGAUAAAAGUACUUUACAUGAGAAAACCAAUUCUCAGACACAAAGCAAUAAUUCAAAUGCAACUCCAGUUAACUCAGCUGAUAACACCAUUGGAACAGAUGUUAAGGAAGCUACAUCUACUGUUGCUCUACCAAAUGCUGCUACACAAAUUGAUCACUCCAGUGUUAAACCAAAGAAGAAAUCAAACCGAAGCAAGAAGUCCAGCACACCAACCAUAGCAAGUAUGCUCCAAGCAGCAGUAUUACCUCCUAAUCAACAUGUUCCGUUCAAUCAACAAAACGUUCAGCAGCCUCCGCAACAAAUGAUGCGCAUGCCUCAGCAGCAGAACAUGAUGAUGGGGCAACAGCAUAUGAUGCAGCAGAGGUUCCCAAUGCAACAGCAGCCACAGUCCAUACAAGAACAGGUCAGGUAUCCUCCUCCACACAUAAUGGUUCAGACCCAGCAGUUGAUCCCUCAGCAGGGUAUAAUAAUGAACAACCAACAGCAUGUUGGGAACCAACAACAGUUCAUGAUUCAACAGAAUGUGAACCAUAUGCAGCCCCAAGGCCAAUUCCCUCCCAUGCAGGAGCAGCAUAUGCAGCAACAGUUGAUGCAGAAUCCUAGAAUGCCUCAGUGUUUGCCUGGUCAGCAACCAACAAGUCCGAAACAACAAGGAGUUCACAUUCAGCAACAACAUGUCCAUGUUCAACACUUUCCACAUCCUCAGCCAAGUCUCCAACCAGCCAGCAUAGAUGGCACUGGGGUUAAUACACAACAAGUUGUAGCAGAAGAUCCACAGGAGACAGAUACCUCAUCUAAACCUGAACAAACACUUCCUCCAAGUCAGGAUGUUCAACCAAAUGAUUCAGAGACUCCCAAGCCAGAAAUAAGCAUACCUGAUGAUGUUCCCCCAAAUGAACAUGCUGAUGUCAAUAAACUACAAGAUAAGGAGAAUGUGGCAGUUCCAUUUGAAAAGGAAAAUGAAAGUGCCAGUCCUGAUGAACCUAAGACUGGGGUUAAUGUGAGUGAUGUUGAUAAGAGUAAUGUUGAGUCCAGCGAUCAUGGUAAUAUCCAAGAAGCAAAGAAUGAUCCAACCGAGAGCUCAGAAGUUGAAAUUCCAGCUACCACAUGUUUAUCCAUGACACUUGUUUCACCUACUAAGUCUGUAGAUGUCCUGGGUUGCCAACCAGUAGAGACCAAGUCAAUGGUUAUGGCUGUGGAGGCUCCUGUAGCUGUAGCCACAUUCCCAACUGUCUCCGCUGACAACAUGAUUCUUCACCAGCCUGUGAAUAUAUUCUCCACAAAUAACAUGCCUCAGCAGAUAAACAUGCUGACAGGUCAAAAUGUAAAUGUGGAGCUGGUGCAGCAGUUACAACAGCAGAUCAUCCAACAGACCCAGCAAUUGGUUGGCCAGUUGAACAACCCAGCCAUAGUGGCACAGUUAAACCCUGAGCUACUACAGCAAGCAGGUGUACACAUUCCUCUCGAGCAGCUUCCACAGACUGUUGGCAAUCUUAGUAUCCAAGAACAGGCAAACCUAAUCCAGAUGAAUCAAGCCUUGAUAAAUCAGAUCAGUCAGAACCUCCAGGGUCAAUUGAACAUGAACAUACUUCAGCAAAAUGGACUCCAGCAGAGAAGUUCCAGUGUUAUGGUUCCUAGUACAAUGAUUCAAACAUCUACUGUGUCCUUGGCCAAUCCAGCUUCAGAGCAACCUGCUUUAGAUUCAGUAGUAGCAAUACAACCAAACACAACUGUUCCUAUUCCGCCUGAUAUGUUAGCCCAACAAGCCACAGUAACACUUCCUUUAGAACAAGUGUCAGGUGUUGCAGUUACAUCAACAGAAAUUGUACCCUCGCCAUCUAAAACUGAACUUGUCCAAGAGGCACCUGAAGUUGCAUCUGAAUUUCACAAAGAUAUACAAGAGGAGGAGUCAGAAGAGCAACAACAAUCUGAGGAGCCUAUUGGUGAUGACCACAUUGGAGAACUAGCUGAUGAACCAAAUGAGGAAGAAAUUACAGAUGAGAUUCCUCAUGAUAAUGCUCCUGUUGAGACACCUAAAAGUAUGAAUGAUUCAUUGGUUGAUCAGGAAGAUCAUGUCAAACCUGAACCUGUUGAAGAUAUUUCUGUUCACUCCAAUGAGCCUGAAGAAAAUGUUCAGGAAGAUCAGAUUGACAAACAGUCAACUGCAGGUGAUUUUGUUGAGCAAACAUCUGAGGAGGUAAUUGGUGAAGAGCCACUUAGUGAACUGCCAGAGGAAAUAAAUAAUACAAAUGAGGGAGUAUUUGAACAAGAAACUGCUGAGGAAGAAACCUUCCUUGUUGAAAAUGAAGAACAUCAAGAAAAAACCUUAGAUUUACCCAAACCCAUUGACAACAUGUCAGUUAAUAGUACUAAACAAAAUGAUCCUAAAGACCAAAUCAAUGAAGCUGAUCAUUCCAUACAACAAAGUGCCGUCACAGAUGGGUUUAUAGAAUUAGGCAAAUCCCUCCAUGAUAGAAUAACAGAAGGAAUACCAAUUGCCAUGGGAGCAUGCAGUGAUGACUUUCCUGAAGACCUCAGUAUUAAGAAAGUGGUGGAUGUUGCUUCCAGAUCUGAAUUUACUCCCAAUACUUCAUUUGGAUCUGCAGUUAGUUCAUGUGCUGAUGAUGACUUUCAUGGAUCUGAAAAUGUGGAAGGUCUUUCUAUCGAAACUAGGGAUCCUCCUGGUAUGCAGCUAGAGGCUCUUGUUCCUACAAACAUUUCACCUGCUGGAUCUCAAAAAUCAAUGGUGUCAUUAACUGGUAUGAUUGAUGCUGACACAGCUAUCAAUGCAGCUAGAGCACUUGGUAACACAUCUACUGAAGAUAUUGAAAAUCUCUCAGAGGAACUUGAAACAACAAAUAACAGUUCAUCGCAUAAUAGUGUUGAAAGUGCAGUAUGUGAUGGCCACAUUUCUGAUACUGAAAAUCCACCUAGUCAGAGCAACAGCACCCUCUUAACCAUGACCAACCAUGUGUCCCCAGAUGCAGCGACCAAUGAGAGUAUUGUGCUCAAUACAACUGCAAGGUCUAUGCAUCUUAGUGGAAGUACAGACUCAGGGACACACAAUCAUGAUUCUGACCACAGUGGCUCUGAGUCAACUGAUACGUCAUCCAGCGCAGAUAUCAACCUGAACUCCAGCAGCAGUCCAGUCUGUAAUGAACUGUGUGGUAGCAGAGAAGUGAAGAAGUCACAUGAUAGUGGCCUGGCUGAAGACUUUGAUGAUGACAAUCCAGACUCUCCAUUUGAACCUGACCCUGAUUACCCAAGAACAUUCAACAUUGGGGACCUUGUGUGGGGGCAGAUAAGGGGAUUCCCCUCAUGGCCAGGAAAACUUGUACACGAGGUGGAUGUGAAGAACAAUAAAGAAACACCAGAGGAUGGAAAGCUAUGGGUGAAGUGGUUUGGGGACCAUACAUACACACAGGUGGAACCAUGUAAGCUGAAGACAUUAUCAGAGGGCUUGGAAGCACACCACAGAGCCAGGAAGAAACACAGAAGAGGCCGGAAGAUGAAUACGAACCUUGAGGCAGCCAUCAAUGAGGCAAUGGCGGAACUAGACAGGAUGACAUCGGUUGAUGAUGAACUUGACGCAAAAAAUAAAGCCGGAAAAAAGCGCAAAAAAUAACUCAGCUUGGUUGUUAGCAUUAGACUUGAUGAAUGAAGAACACCGUGAUCUUUACAAACAAGAUCUUUGUUCUCCGUGUUGUCAUUAUGAAAGUGCUGUAUUGGAUAACUAAGAUAUUAUAUGAAUGUUGAUAUCAAUUUCUGUAUUGAUUCAACCUUCACUACAUGCUCUAGUAUCAUAUCAACUAUCACCAACACAAUACAUACUUAUGUGAUCUAUGAGAUGAUAUAACACAAUAGGACAAUAUAAGUUAUCAACCAAAUGGUAAAGGCUGUGCUUAUGCGGAAUAUUGAGAGCAUUUGUGUCAGAUAUAUUAAUUCAAUUCACCAAGGAAUAUACAUAGUACUAUAUUGCAUCAGAGAGGAGUAAACAAGAAAUUAAGAUACAUGAAGUGAAUAUACAUUGAAUCGAAAAAUUAAGUAAAUGCAUUGCUUCAUCCUUAUAGAUCAGACUUAAUAUUUCAUGAAAAGUAUGACUUUUUGAACACUGUUGUGCAGUAGGAAGAUGUUGGUACACUAUGCAUUCAUAAAUAGCACACUUUACAUAUGUUUUAAAUGAUAGAAUGUUUGUUUAUUUUAUGCUUGAUAAAUAAGUUGCUGGACUGAUAAGCAAGUGAAAUGUAAUAGCUUUGCACCAGGUCCAUAUUUACCCCCACCUCCUAACAACUAUUCAAGUAUGAAAAUUGAUGCAUGACUAAUAUUAUUUUAUCAACCAGAUUUUUCUAAUGAAUGUAUAUAUAAGUCUAUAACACAGACUCGAAUUGAUUCCUUAUUUAUUUACAGUACUCUUAUAUUGACUAUGUUUGCUUGAGCCUGAGCUUUGGACUAAGUAUGUUAUACAAGAUAUAUAAUAAAGAAAUUGUAAUAUGUCUAGCACAUUUCCCUAAUCCAUGUCAACCACAAUGUACAUAUUAUAUAAGAUCCAUGUGUCAUUAAGGAAGAAUGAUUCUACAAAACAAACUAAUGCUAUACUUAGAAUUUUAAUUACUUGGCUUUACAUGGAGCAACAUAUUCAUAUCAAGCAAGAAAAUAUCAAAAUGUUUCCAAUCAGAAGAGUAAAUAAAUGAAUGAAUGGCUUUACUGGAACUUCUCCAUUGAUCUAGUUUUAGAUUAAUAAAGGUCCAAUUCCCAGAUGAUAAACAAAGAUAUGAGUUUAUCGAGGUGUUAAUUUCUAAUUUCUGAUUUAUUAUCAAAUCUGAGGAAAUAGAAAUUGACAUGCCAGUUUGCAUUCUGAAUUAU